UACCCCGGCGCGGACCUCUGACCCUGGAGCCUCGCAGCCGCCGGGAGCCGUCCCCUUGGGUCGUCGCCCGGGCCGCCCGCCGUUCCCCGGCCCCGAGGGGCCCGGCCGGUCGCGCUGUGGGAAGAGGUCAGCAUGAGCCAGGGGCCCCGGCGGGCCGGCGCCGGGCGGGGGGCGGCCGCAGUGCAGCUGCUGGUCACCCUGAGCUUCCUCCCUCGCGUCGUCGAGGCCCAGCCUAUGUGAAUUGUAUACUUUGUCAUCAAUCUGGAAACUUCACUUCAGGGAGUUUGGGGACACAUUUGCAUUUCCAGAGGGAAAACAUGAGAAAGAAACAACUGGGAAUUUCUGGUUUCCAUUUUCUGAUCAUUUGUGCAUAGAUUCCUCCAAUGGAUCAUACAAAUGAUCUUUAACCACCUGGGUACCCCCCCCCUUUUUAUAAAAAUUUUAAUCGAGGUCAAUCUGAAGCGACCAUGUCCUUUCUGGGCAGAAGAUGGCCAUUGUUCAAUAAAAGACUGCCAUGUGGAGCCCUGUCCAGAGAGCAAAAUUCCAGUCGGAAUUAAAGCUGGGAGUUCUAAUAAGUACUUAAAAGUGGCAAACGAUACCAAAGAAUUAGAAGACUGUGAGCAAGCUAAUAAACUGGGAGCAAUUAACAGCACGCUAAGCAAAGAAGCAUUCAUUGACUGGGCGAGAUAUGAUGAUUCACAGGAUCAUUUUUGUGAACUUGAUGUUGAGCAAUCUCCAGCUGCUCAGUAUGUAGACCUGUUGCUGAACCCAGAGCGUUACACCGGCUAUAAAGGGUCCUCUGUGUGGAGAGUGUGGAACAGCAUCUACGAUGAAAACUGUUUCAAGCCUCGAUCUGUUUAUUAUCCUUUAAAUCCUCUGGCAUCUAGCCAAGGAGAAGAUGAUGGUUUGUGCCUGGAGAAGAGAGUCUUCUAUAAAAUUAUAUCUGGACUUCAUGCUAGUAUCAAUUUACAUCUGUGUGCAAAUUAUCUUUUGGAAUGUAAUCACGUUUUUAUCUACAAACCUUGCCUUCCAUUAGUGUAAAAAUUCUUGGAGGGGUUAUAUAUAUUCUCUAGAGAAAAAAAUCCUAUUUAUUAAA